AUGGGCUUAUUGGACAUAUCACAUUUAGUUAUUUUUUCUCAUCUAAUAAUUGUUUUAGUUUGUUUCAUUUGUCCAAGCUUUGGUUACAAACCUAAACACUUCAAUUUGUCCACCCAUGCUACUCACUGGGGGACGGCCGGAGCUACUUGGUAUGGCAGCCCCCACGGUGCUGGUAGUGACGGAGGAUCUUGUGGAUAUGGGAGUGCAGUAUCAGAAGCACCACUCUCUUCGUUUGUUACUGGAAUCGGUCCAUCCCUCUAUAAAUCUGGAAAAGAAUGUGGAGCUUGUUACCAGGUGAAAUGUACAAAGAAGAUGCAUCGAUCGUGUUCAGGCAAGGGAGUAAGAGUGGUGAUAACAGAUUUUUGCCCAGGAGGACCUUGUGUGGCUCAAUCAGCACAUUUUGACUUAAGUGGAACUGCAUUUGGUGCAAUGGCUAUACCUGGACAAGAGCAAAAACUCAGAGAUGCUGGUGUCUUGCAAAUACGUUAUGCUAGGGUAGCUUGUGAUUAUUCAAGGAAAAACAUAGUGUUCCAUGUUGAUCAAGGUUCAAACUCGGAGUACUUUGCGGUUGUGAUAGAAUUUGAACAAGGAGAUGGUGAUCUUGCUAAAGUUGAAUUGAAGGAAAAAAGAAGCAGCAGCAUUAUUAGUAGAGGAAACAAAAAUAAUUAUAAAUGGAGGCAAAUGCAGCAAUCUUGGGGUGCUGUUUGGAAGUUGGAUGCUGGCUCUAAGUUACACCCUCCAUUUUCUAUUCGAUUGACUUCACAAUAUUCUGACCAGAUAUUAAUAGCCAACAAUGUCAUUCCUACUGGUUGGCAGCCUGGUGCUACCUAUCGAUCCCUCGUCAAUUAUAGAGUUUAAGUUUUAUGUAUCGAUCCCCAGUAUCUAUAGUCGAUACGUAUGUAUUUGUCUUGAAAGAUACUACUAAUCCGCAUUUCCUAUUGUUCAUUCACUACCUGCGGCCGGACUAAAGAUGGUCACGUGCUAAGCAUAUGAUGUAUGCAUGUACUUCUAUGAAAUUAUAAAUGUGUGAUUUAAUAGAUUUCGAUUGAACUUAA